AUGGCGUCGAACGGUAUAAAGUGUGAGGAGACGGCAAGUAUUAAGGCGAAUAGAGCUGCCGAUGCUGGACAAAUAAACGUUGAAGAAGAAGAGGAAGAUGAGGAGAACAACGACAGCAUCAAGACAGAGAAAAAUGACGCUUUAGUCGUUAAAACGGAGUCGUCUACUGAAGAAAUGAAGACGAGCGAAAUAGAGCAGGAAAAUGGUCUUUUACAGGCAGAAAUCGCAGCUAUUGGAGUGAAAAUGGCGACAAAAAUGAAGCAACAAGAGCCGGAGACGAUGGACGUGGCACUUGCUGUAAAAGACGUGAAACAGACGAGAAAAAAGGACUUGAAACAGCAGAAACAGGAGGAAGAUCGGUCUCAUAUUCGACGUAAAGCUAUUGGCUUAAAUGCAGCUUUAUGGGACUCUAUCGAGUGGAUGGUGACUGGUGGAGCUGAGGUGGAUGCAGGACAGAGACUUGGAACUAUUGGACGGCUAGAAGACGGUACUCAGAGACCGAUACAGUCGCCAUGCAAAGGACGACUGUAUAUUCUAUCAAAAGAGCAGUCAGAAGAGCUUGGAGAGGAUACAAUGGAAGGUGCAGGCACUAUAAGAAGGACAGUGGCUUUUGUAGAGUAUUGUAUCCAUCCAGUACGCAAUGGCCGCACUUGCUUGAUGUGUCUAGCAAAUGUGGAAGACGACGAGGAGAAUGGAGAUAUGGAGAGUGUGAAUGUAGUAUCCCAUGGACAGGUUAUUCGACUUAAUGUUGAUGAAGCAAAAAAGUUCGACUCGGAUAACAUUCGACGCCAGCUUGGUGCGAAGAAGCUGUCGCUAGUGCUGGAUCUAGACCACACGUUGCUGCAUGCUGUGCGCGUUGAUGAUGUCGUGGGCGAAAUUGUCAAGACAGACGGUAUCCACUUCUUUUUCAUUCCGGGCCUGGCUCAGCAGCAUGUAGUGAAACUGCGACCAGGACUGACCGAGUUCUUGACGGAGCUUUCAGUGCUGUACGAUUUGUUCAUUUACACGCACGGCACGCGGCUGUAUGCUGAACAGAUUGUAAAGAUCAUUGAUCCGGAUGAAACAUACUUCAUGAACCGUAUUGUGGCACGUACUGAUACGCCAGACAUGCUUCACAAGUCACUCAAAUUGCUUUUUCCUUCGUGCGACGACUCGAUGAUCCUUGUUCUUGAUGACCGAAUCGACGUGUGGAAGGAUAACGAAUGGAAUGUGUUUCUAAUUGAGCCGUAUCACUAUUUUAAGUGCACUUCCGAGAUUAACAACGCGUCAGGGCGUGGUGUGGCAGGCUUGGAAGAUUCGGAGGCUGAGGCUCGUGAGGACAGGCAUCUUGCACAAUCAACAACAGUUUUGAAGCAUGUUCACGAAGCUUUCUAUGCGGGUUAUGAGAACGGUAUGCGAGGUACAACCGCCGAAGAUCAAAUGGCUGGUAAAGGCCGUGACGUUAAAGCAAUUUUGAGCGAGCAAAAACGGGCUAUCUUGCAUGGCUGCUAUAUAGUAUUCAGUGGAGUGUUCCCGAUUGUUGGGCCUCAAAGCCAUGAGUCACACUAUCUGUGGCGCCUAUCGGUGGAUUUGGGCGCAACUCCUAGCAUGACGUUGACAGAUUUUCCGCUGACCCAUCUUGUGAUCCAUCCAGAGCGCUUAGGAACGCAAAAGCACGUUCAGGCGAAAACGAUUGACGGGGUGAUGAUUGUGACGCCCGAUUGGAUCAUGAAGUGUGCUCGUACAUGGUCUCACGUCCCCGAACAGGAUUUCCUCGCAGACGAAUGGAAGGCGAAGCAGAUAAGCAAAGAACCUGUACAAAACGAUGAAGCAGACACAAGUAUGCUUUCCGAAGAUGCACCCUCUGAUAUACCAAGUGCAACGCCAACGGUUCCUGAUAGUGAUGUAAAUGAAGACCAGUCGUCUGCAGCCGUUGCAGUUGCUACUGAGAGUAAGCCGGUUGCAAGUAUUCUUGUCAAACGAGAACUAGGUGGUGCGAAAUGCGGUGGGCAAGUCACGUUUGCGAAGGCUAUUGACGACUCGGGUGAACUUCCCGACGAAGACAGCACUGCGCAUAAGUCAAACACAGUGAGGAGGUCUCGAGUAGUUCGUAGGUCGUCUGGCGCUAGUCGUGCUCGUAAUGCUGGUGCUAGUGGUGCUGUCGCAACUGGUGUCGUAGCAACUGGCCGUACGUUUGAUUUUUUGUCCAAAAUUAAAGCGACGAAGCGUGAACCAACCACCAUCAUCAAGGCCAAGAAGGUUAAAGACGCGAAGAAAGCUCCAGCGCGUAUAGUGUCUCCAUCGAGGGAUGUAGAUGAUGCUUUUAUGCGGCUCAUUGAGGCUGAGGAGCGUGAAAAUGAAGAGGAACAAAAGCGUAAGCAAUCAUCGAGUAACAUCAAGGACCGGCUGUCGACCCGACGGGCUGAAAAGGACAAUGGCAAACGAACGCAUGACUCAGAUCCUGUUGCAGCAAGGCCUGAAGAGAAGCGAAUGCGAAUCGCCCCUCCCGAACAGAUUGGUGGAGCUGAAAACGCAGAAGACGAGGAGGAUGAAGAGCUGGACGACCUCGAAGCUGACAUUCUUGGGGACCUGUAA